UGCUAGAGGGACGCUGGCGCCGUCUCCUGGCAACAGCGGACGCGGAGCCUGGGCUCCUCCAGCCGGCGGCUUGUUCUGAGUUCAGGGCUUAUCUGGGUGCCGUCUGCCAUGACCACCAAAGCAAGCAAAAGGAAGGAGGUGCAUAGAAUCAACUCUGGCCACGGAUCGGGAUCGGAUAAGUCUAAAGAACAAUACCCUUUUGGUAAUGUACAAUCUGGCUUUAAUGAGCAAAAGAAGGGAAAAUUUCCCAUCUGGCCAGAGUGGAAUGAAGCCGACAUCAAUACAGAAAAGUGGGACACUGGCAAAGGAGGAAAAGAAAAGGACAAAACAGGAAAAAGCCCAAUAUAUCACUUUUUUGAAGACCCUGAGGGAAAAAUUGAAUUACCAGCAUCACUGAAAAUUUAUUCUUGGAAACGUCCGCAGGAUUUAAUUACUAAUCGGACUCCAGUCGUUGUAAAAAAUGAAACCAUGUUUGACUUGUUUACACCAAAUGAACAUUUACUCUGCAGUGAGCUGAUGAGAUGGAUUAUCAGUGAAAUCUAUGCAGUGUGGAAGAUCUUCAAUGGCGGGAUUUUGAGCAAUUACUUUAAAGGAAAUGCAGGAGAGCCUCCUCUUCUCCUGUGGAAGCCCUGGGAACACAUAUACUCUCUAUGCAAAGCUGUGAAGGGCCACAUGCCCUUGUUUAACAGCUAUGGAAAGUAUGUUGUGAAACUUCAUUGGAUGGGUUGUUGGAGGAAGAUAACUAUUGAUGAUUUUCUGCCUUUUGAUGAAGAUAACAAUCUAUUACUUCCAGCUACAACCUAUGAAUUUGAACUUUGGCCAAUGCUUUUGUCUAAAGCUCUCAUUAAGCUUGCCAAUGUUGACAUCCAUGUAGCUCAGAGGCGAGAGCUGGGAGAGUUCACAAUUAUUCAUGCACUCACAGGAUGGUUGCCAGAAGUCAUUUCUCUUCACCCAAAAUAUACAGACAAAGUUUGGGAGCUGUUGAAAGAAAUAUUGCCUGAGUUUAAGCUGACAGAUGAUCUCACCUCUGAAAGCAAGAUCGCAGUUGUCAAUGCCAAGUCCAAAGAGCCAGGGAAGGAGGGGAAGGAUGGAAAAGAAUCCAAAGAGGGAAAGGAAGUGAAGGAUUCAAAGGAAUUUAAGCCGGAACCUUCCAUGACCACACUGAAAAUCCCUGAGAAAAGUGACAAAGCUUUGAAGGAUACAAAAGAAAUUGGAAAGAAGAGGAGUAAAGAUGGAGAAAAAGAAAGGGAAAAGGAAAGAUUCAAAUUUUCACUUCAUGGGUCCAGACCCUCUUCAGAUGUGCAGUACUCCAUGCAGUCCUUAUCAGAAUGUUCCUCAUCAUCACUGUCGCCUCAUAUGGUCGUCUAUGCUACAUUUACACCGCUCUAUUUGUUUGAAAACAAGAUUUUUUCAUUACAGAAAAUGGCAGAGUCUGCUGAGAAACUUAGAGAAUAUGGACUGUCCCACAUCUAUAGCCAUCCUGUGUUGGUAACAAGAAGUAGGUCUUGUCCUCUUAUACCACCACCAAAACCACCUCCCAUACCGCCCUGGAAACUCAUUCGUCAAAAAAAGCAAACUAUCAUAACAGACGAACCUCAAGAUAUAGUGAUAAAGAAGCCUGACCAGUUUCUUGAGAUUUCAAGUCCAUUUUUGAAUUACAGAAUGACUCCAUUUACCAUUCCAACAGAAACACAUUAUACACCAUCUCUCAUUAAGAGAGGGGUGUCUCUAGGGUGCAGUUUACCCUCUGUCGCUGAAAGUGAUGAAACUACAACCACCAGCCAACUGGACGUGAGUCCAGUUACAAGAGUUCCAUCUCAGGCUACUGUUCCAUCACAGGUUAUACUGGGCAAAGAGGAACAAAUAGAUCCUGGAUUGAGUGACACCCAUCAAACUAAUGGAUUGAACUUGGAAAGAGAUUUGGUUAGCCAGACAACAGCAAUACAGGAAAAAUCACUAGAAGAACUUGCAACAAUAAAUACUAAUGUCUCCAAAGAAAUAUGGCUAGAUUUUGAAGAUUUCUGUGCAUGCUUUCAGAAUAUAUAUAUUUUUCACAAGCCAAGUUCAUAUUGUCUUAACUUUCAAAAGUCAGAAUUUAAGUUUUCAGAAGAACGCAUGUCCUACUAUCUGUAUGUGGAUAGUCUUAAACCCAUUGAACUACUUGUUGGUUUCUCAGCAUUAGUGCGCUGGGGAGAACCUGGAGCCUUAACAAAAGACAGUCCUCCUGUAGAGCCUGGACUUCUAACUGGUGAAACAUUUUCUUGGAAAUCUUUGAAGCCACGUACACUUGUCCUGAAGAUCCAUACAUACGCCACCAAGGCUGCCAUGAUACGUCUGCCUAUUGGGAGACACAUGCUCCUCUUCACUGCACACUCCCCAGUGGGCCAUUCCAUACACAUCUGUGGCAUGGUGACUUUUGUUGUUGGGGAUGAAGAUGUGGUGAUGCCCAACUUUGAGCCGGAGAGCUACCGCUUUACUGAACAGGCUCUAACAAUUCUGAAAGCUGUGGGAAAUGUGAUUUUGAGUUUCAAAGACAGGCUUAAACUUCCAGUAGCCCUGAGAGAGCUGCAAGCUGCUCACUACCCCAUCCCCCUCCACAACAAAGAGCUCGCUGCACAACACUUCCGGGUUUUUCAUCUUUCUUUAUGGCGUUUAAUGAAGAAAGCUCAAUUAUCCAAACCUCCUACAAACUUCAAAUUUGCAUUCCGUGCUUUGGUUUUGGAUGUGGAUUUACUUGAUUCCUCCUUGGAAGAGGUUUCUUUAGCAGAAUGGAUGGAUGUGAAAUACUCCAUGCAAACAAAUGAGAAAGAGUAUUCUCCUGAGGAAGCAGCAGCAGCAAUUAAAAUCCAAGCCAUGUGGAAAGGGUCUUACCUUAGGUCACUUAUAAAAGCCAGAACUCCAGAUACAAGAGAAAAUACCAUUGUUGCAGAUACUCUUCAAAGAGUUUGGGCUAUAUUGGAGCUGAAUCUAGAGCAAUAUGCUCUUUCUCUCCUAAGGCUAAUGUUUAAAAGCAAGUGCAAGUCAAUUGAAUCUUAUCCAUGUUUUCAAGAUGAAGAAACAAAGAUUGCUUUUGCCGACUACACUGUGACUUACCCAGAUCAGCCACCAAACACGUGGUUCUUGGUAUUCAGAGAAACAUUUUUGGUUCCUCAAGACAUGAUUUUGGUUCCCAAAGUGUAUACUACGCUGCCAGUCUGCAUGUUGCACGUUGUGAAUAAUGACACUCUGGAACAAGUGCCAAAGGUGUUCCAGAAAGUGGUGCCUUAUCUUUAUACCAAAAAUAAGAAGGGUUACACAUUUGUGGCAGAAGCAUUCACUGGUGACAACUAUGUAUCUGCCUCACGGUGGAAAUUACGCCUCAUUGGUCCGUACACUCCACUCCCUUGCCUGGCUCGAGAUGCUCCAUGCAACACCUUUGCCAUAAAGGAAAUCAGAGAUUACUACAUUCCCAAUGAUAAGAAAAUUUUAUUCAGGUAUUCUGUUAAAGUUGCGUUGCUACACCCUGUUACAAUACAGGUGCGCAUAUCCAAGCCAGAUGCCUUUAUCAAGCUGCAGGUCCUAGAAAAUGAAGAGACUAUGGUGAGCGUUGUCGGCAAAGGUCAAGCGAUAAUUCCAGCAUUUACCUUCUUCGGGAGUGAAAAAGCUUUGAGCUCCCAGUCCAGCAAGCAAGUUCUUUUACUCUAUACGACACCCAAGAAAGAUCAAGACACGGUGACCAAGAAGAAAUCUACCCAAGGAAGUCAGAAAACCAACAAGGGUAAACUUGGAAGUACAGCGGCAGACAGUGGUCCGCCUCUUUUGGAAGAGGAAGUUAUCGGUUUGCCCACUAGAGAAGAAAAUUGUAGCACACCACAACAGAGUUACAAGUAUAUUAUCCAAUGCUUGGUGUUGUAUAACAGUUGGCCACUCACUGAAAGUCAAUUGACUUUUGUUCAAGCACUAAAGGACUUAGAGAAAAAUGAUAUCAAAGCUCAUGGAGAGAGGCAUGAAGAAUUAAUUACCAUGGGAAGCCCUGAUUCCCAUGCCAGCAGUGAAGGGCAGAAGUCUUCAGGAACUUCUAAAGCAACAAGGAAAGGCAAAGAAAAGUAUUCUGAGAAAGAUAAGACAGGCAAGGAGAAGCCGGGCCCUCGCUUUGAUCCUCAGACAUCUAUUGCUCACUCUCAACAAGAAGACCCAAAUAAACCUUACUGGAUUUUGAGGCUGGUCACUGAACACAAUGAAUUUGAUUAUUUUGAAGUGAAAAAAGAUACAGAACGAGCAGAUGAAAUCCGAGCCAUGAAGCAAGCCUGGGAAUCAACUGAGCCCGGAAGAGCAAUCAAGGCUUCUCAGGCUCGUUUGCACUACCUUAACCAGUUCUUCAAGAAAACAUCUUACUCUGAGGCGGGGCCUUCAAUCGAGAGCCAGACUAGAGCUGCAGAAGGGCUUCGUUCACGAUCUCCAGCAGUUCUGGAAAUGUCUCCGCACCAUAUCCGCAAAGCACUGGAAUUCGUGGACAUAAAUCAGUAUGUACGGUCAACAAACAAAGAGCCUAUACUACAAACAGAAGAACUGACUCAACAGGAGGCCAUGCAGAAGGCAGAAGAAAUUCACCAGUUUCGAGAGCAUAGGAGCAGGAUGCUCAGCAUUAGAGAUAUUAGCCAAGAAGAACGGUUCAAGUUGAAAGACGAACUCCUGGAUAUGUAUGGGGACAUGCGGGAUUCGUUAGACGAAGCUCGACAGAAGAUCUUGAAUGUCCGAGAAGAAUACAGAAACAAACUGAUGGAGGCUGAGCGCCUGAGAUUAGAGGCCCUGGCAGCUCAGGAAGCGCCGGUGAAGGCAGAGCCGGAAAAGAAGGCCCCAGCUGCUGACACUCAGCAAAAAAAGAAAGGAAAGAAAAAGUAACCUGGAGGUGCCCAAGACACGCUUUCUCUGUAGGCGAAACACGUAUUUUAAUGAUCACGGCAUUGCCUGCCACUAAAAUAUUAACACAAGUGAAAAACAAAGGUUUUGCUAUUGUAGAGAUCACUUCAAUAUUUAAUGUUAACUUGGUAACUUUCCUCAAAGAUUCAAUAUUUGAAAUCAUUAGAAUUUAAAAUGUCCCGAUCUCAACAAAAUUACUUCCAAAUAGUUAGAAUUCAGUAAAGAUCUAUGCAUGUUCA